GUUGUUUAUGCACAUUAGCAUGAGCAAAGUCUGUAGCCAAAGAUAAGGAAAGAAACUCAUAUAUCGCUGAUAUUAGCUCACUCAAGGCCACUGACGUACUUAAGUUAGGGUUAAGGUCAGCUGAUUAAUCCUAUGGCAAUAAUGAAAAACAGAACUAGUUUUUCUUUUACAAGAUUCCACAUAAAAAUUCAUAAUAGUUUUUUUUAAUUGUUUUUGGUAUUUUAUUCGUGGAUAGUAGCUGCCCGAGAGGUAAGACAGUCGUGUCAUGGAGUCUCCCAGAGUGCUUUCCAUUCAAAGCCACGUAGUUUCCGGGUAUGUUGGGAAUAAAAGCUCUGUAUUUCCCAUGCAACUUUUGGGAUUUGAAGUCGACAUAAUCAAUUCCGUGCAAUUUUCUAAUCACACGGGCUAUAAAUCCGUUAAGGGGCAGGUGUUGACAGAGAAAGAGCUUUCAGAUUUAAUAUUAGGCUUGAGCGAAAAUGAUAUUGACCACUACACACAUUUGCUUACUGGCUACAUUGGAUCUCCUAGUUUUUUAAGAGAAAUUAUUAACUUAUACAAACAGGUGAAGAGCAAAAAUCCUGAUGUGAUAUAUGUUUGCGAUCCUGUUAUGGGUGAUAAUGGCAAACUCUAUGUUCCUACUGAAUUAAUUCCAAUUUAUAAGAAUUCCAUUGUACCGCUGGCGGACAUCCUCACUCCGAAUUUGUUUGAAACUGAGCUGUUAACUGACAUGAAAAUAAAUACUGUCACCGAUGUUUGGGCUGCUAUUAAGACACUACAUGAAAGAGGUUGUAAAACAGUGGUUAUAUCAUCUGCAGAACUAGCAUCAGCUGCCAAUAAACUCUGUAUUUUUGGAAGCAGUGUAAAAUCCACUCCUGUUAAACUUACAUUGGAGGUUAUUAAACUUCCUGCUUUAUUUACCGGUUCUGGAGACCUUUUCACAGCCUUGCUGAUGUCCUUUUUGCACAUAAGUAAUGGAAACUUAAAGGAUUCUAUCGAAAAAACUGUGGCUGCUCUUCAGGCAGUUUUGACCCGCACAUUGGACCAGUUUAGGGGCAAAGAAUUAAAACCUCAAAAUAUGGAACUUAAGUUGAUACAGAGUCGAGAUGAUAUACUUAAUCCAAAGAUUGUUUACAGAGCCACUGUAGAGGAUUAGUUGAUUUUCUAGUUAAGACUUUUAAUUAUAUUAAUAUAUGUUAAAUUAUAUCCAUGACUAGAAGAAUAUUCUUUCCCAUGGUGGGACAACUAGCAUUAUGUGUUGUUAAUUUUUUUUUUUUUGCAAAAUCAUAUUAAUUAUUAUUUAGACAAUUGUUAGUUGCAUUUUUAGCCUAUUCCUUAAUGACAAUAAAAAAUGUGUCUUGUAAUUUCAAUUUCAUUUUUAAAG